UAUUGAAGAAGAAUCAUCUCAAAGUCAUCAAUCAACCGCCACAUUAAGCAUCUUCCUUCCUUCCUUCUCUGCUAUUUUUUUUUUUUUUGGUGGCUUCUCAAAUUCACAAGCUUACGACUUCGAUUCUAGUUAGAGUGCGAUACAUAUAGGCUUUGGUUACUAGGAAUGAUUUGAGGAAUAAGCACGAAAAAGGGAAUUCUUACGAUCCGACGGAGAUGAGCGCGUCAAGGUUCAUAAAGUGUGUUACGGUCGGAGAUGGUGCUGUCGGAAAAACCUGCAUGCUCAUUUCUUACACCAGCAACACUUUCCCAACUGACUAUGUUCCAACCGUUUUCGACAACUUCAGUGCUAAUGUGGUUGUAGAUGGCAACACUGUCAAUCUUGGCUUGUGGGACACAGCCGGUCAAGAAGACUACAACAGGUUAAGACCUCUGAGUUACCGCGGCGCUGAUGUUUUCCUUCUUGCCUUCUCUCUCAUCAGCAAGGCUAGCUACGAGAAUAUCGCCAAGAAGUGGAUUCCGGAGCUUAGGCAUUAUGCUCCUGGUGUUCCCAUUAUCCUCGUUGGUACAAAACUUGAUCUUCGAGAUGACAAGCAAUUCUUCAUAGAUCAUCCAGGUGCAGUUCCUAUUACUACAAACCAGGGAGAGGAACUGAAGAAACUGAUUGGCUCUGCUGUCUACAUUGAAUGUAGUUCAAAGACUCAGCAGAAUGUGAAGGCAGUGUUUGAUGCAGCCAUAAAAGUGGUUCUUCAGCCACCAAAGCAGAAGAAGACUAAGAAAAAGAACCAGAACCGUUGUGCCUUCUUGUGAUUAUAAUAUAUGACAAUUCCGAUACUGAAGGGAGACAUUUCGAGUUAGCUUUUUGUAUAGUUGCUUAAAUCAAAGCUGUGUGUUGUUGUAUCUUUUGAGUUCAAAGUGUGUACUAACUACUCUUUGCUAUAUGGGAUCAUUCUGUAUUGACAUACGAGUCUAAUUAAUAUGGCAAUAUUUUUCUUUAUG